ACAGUUUGGAACUUUUUGGCUGUGUGAGCAGUUACAGAAUUUGUCCAAGGCUGAACUGAAAAAUGGUCAACACGUUGCAAAAUAUGUUUGAGAACUCUCUGUUUGGGCAAUGCCAGUAUUCUUGUCCUGAGAUCAAAUAUAAGACACGUAAAAGGCGGCACGUUCCUCACUCCCAGAGAUCCCCGGAGUACGUGCUUCACCGAAACAACCGAGAACGUAAGAGGGUCGAGGCCUUGAACGACGCCUUUCAAUUGCUAGGGAAGCACGUGCCGUUUAUAGCAGAGACAGAUGAUCGUGCUUCUAAAGCUGGGAUUUUGUACGGCGCUGCACGCUACAUCAGAGUGCUGGCCGACAUAUUAGACGAUACGUCAUCUAGUAAGUCAUCGCGUUCUGACGUUAAUGAGAACAUACUUCUGGGACGACAAGACACGUCUAGCUGGUACGACAACCAUAACAAGAACAUCUCUGGAGACCAGGAAACCCUCCAUCAUUGUCAGCCUCAGUCACAGGAAAACAGCCCGAACGAGACGUGUAUGUUCAUGGAAAUACAGCACUGCCCUCCAACAGACUAUCAACAUUAUCAGGAGAACGUCCCCCCUCACAUCCCAGACCCCCGGGACUGUCUCUAUACACCCACUGGUCUGUUGUGGCGAUAAUUAGAAAGGAUCGCAUCCAACAGACAAUGUUUGAAGUGACAUAUUAGUACUCUCUCUCUCUCUCUCUCUCUCUCUCUCUCUCUCUCUCU